AUGAGUACUUUCGUUGAGAAAAUGUCUGUAGAUGGGGCUCGAGACAUCAAUAGUUUCUUUUCUUCACGAGUGGGCUUCGGGGAACCCCCUCCCACAGCUACAUCUUCGUUGUUGACGUUCGCGGACAUGGUGCUGGCCUUAGACCGACAGAAUAUCUGUGGGGAUUUACAGUUUCAGUCGUCGGGGGUGGAUGUCAGCACUGGAAGUGAUCAUACUUAUGCCUCAAAUGGGUUUACUCGCACUACACGGUCGCAGACAGCGAAGGUGGUUGCUCAUUUGUCGGGUCAUUUGUCAGGAUGUGAAGAUAAAGAGAAACUGAAAGUUCCAGUGGAAAAUGGAGACGAUGUGACUAAAGCCUUUAGUAAGGGUAGUUGUUUGUCGCACAAUAACACGACCUCUUCUGCUCAAACGGAUUCACAUAACUUGAAGAUUAAACGGUGUUUAUCUGUGGAGAAGAUGUGUGGUGGUGACACAGCUAAUCUGAAAGUUUGUGAAUGGCCCGAGGUUGUCUCCAAACACUCGCCCAAAAAGUCGUCAUCGUUUGAAGAGGUCAACUGUGGUAACAGACAGUCGUGCAUGAAGUCUUCAAAGUCAACAGAACACGUACAGAAAACUGGUGUUUCUCACACAUUGCAUCGAGUUAUCAACAACACGCUAGAGUUUCCCUGCUGGCCUAGGAAAGCUGAUCAUACGUAUGCCACUGCCACCUGGGAUGGGACAGCAUCUAGUCACAGUCUGUUUGAACAAGAGCUUCACCGGGACUCAGCAAAGCAACAUAUAAUAGAAGAUCAAGAAAUGGAAGACACUGAGGACUGCAUAUUACAGAAUCAGUGUCCACGUCUGGGCACAACUUCAGAACAGCAACUCUCGAACUUUCCUGGUCUUGCUCAAAAAGAUGAUCACACUUAUGUCAAAUCAAAAGUUCCAGACUUUAAUUCUCCUGGGAGUAUUGAUAUAGAAGCAUUUAGUUUAGUCACAGAGGGUGAUGCUAAUAGAACACCGGUUUUCUCAUCAGCAACCUUCCCCAGACAGAAGAUGCGAGAGGACCACACUUACUUUCACAGCGGUUUGUCCAGAAAAAACAGCAGUGGCGUUGGGAGACGAGAGUGGGCUAGCACACAGACUGUUGCAGCAGCUGCCACUAAUCUUCAGCUGGCACAUGAUGUACAAGUGGAAGAAGCCUACAGAAAUUUGAACUCAUUUUCACAGAGUGCUUCUGCAAAGAAAGAUCAUAACUAUUCCACUUCUGCUUGA